AUGUUCUCCGGAUCCAUCUUCCCCCACUGGCGUCGUAAGGCGGCACAACGAUCCAACAAUUUCAGCAGCUCGUAUGAAGUCCCGUUCUUCAUGAACGCUGCCUACUAUGCGAAUUGGAGGAUCUAUCGGAAACAGCCUCCCUCGUCCUUGAGAUUGGGAUUUAUAUCUCAUAUCUUUUAUGCAUUUGCUUGGGUCAAAGAAGACGGCACAGUUUAUUUGAGCGAUGAAUGGGCUGACUCUCAGAUGCCCGUCGACGGCACUAAUGGCUGCCUCCGGGCAUUCACACAACUCAAAACACAAUAUUCGAAGCUGAAGGUUAUUCUCUCAGUCGGAGGAGGAGGCAAGGGAAGUGAGAAUUUUGCUGCUGUAGCGGGAAGUCAAAGCAGUCUGGAGACCUUUGUACGGACCGCGAAGGGACUCGUAGAUGAGUUUGGACUCGAUGGGAUUGAUAUCGAUUGGGAGCACCCUUCAACCCCCGCCGAGGGUUCAGAUUAUGUCCGUCUUCUCGCGCGGUUGCGUGAAGUCCUACCCUCACCGCGGUAUGUGCUGGCCACCUGCCUUCCAGCUGGUGAGUGGGCCCUGCGAAAUAUAGAUCUGUGCAAGGCACAGAACUAUGUCGACCUGAUCAACAUCAUGGCGUAUGAUUUCUCCGGGCCGUGGACCAGCGAAACAGGACACCAGGCACAGCUGUAUAGCCCAUCUCGAGACCCAACGGGGGGCAUCUCGUGUCAGUCGGCCAUCGCGUAUGUCAUCGCGCAAGGCGUCAACCCCAAGAAGAUUCUACUCGGGAUCCCAGCGUAUGGUCGCUCGUUCCUAGGCAGUAAUCACAUCGGUCAGCGUUACAGUGGUUGUGGAGGGGAGGAUGGUGUCUUUGACUACUGCGACCUACCGCGGCCCGGUGCAAAAGAGUAUUACGAUGAAAAGUCCGGCGCUGCCUGGUGUGUUGGCGGCGACGGUGGGUUUGUCACAUACGACACCCCGGAGACGGUGCAACAAAAGGCCAAAUUUGCGACAAAGACAAAACUGGGCGGUCUAUUUUAUUGGCACAUCGGAGGUGAUGCAAGAGGACCUCGUAGCCUGAUCGAGACAGGGUAUAAGACCUUGCAUGAUAUGUGA